AUGGCACCAGACUAUGCAGGCUACCUACAGAAGGCGGGUGGAAGGUUCUACACGAAAAACUAUACCCGCUACUUCGAACUCCAUGGUUCCAUGUUGUAUUACUGGAGGGAUAGACCCUCGAACCCGAACGAGGAGCCUAUUGGGAGCCUCGACCUCACGAAUAUCCGGUCCAUCGAGGACGAGAGAAGGCCAAUGUCAUGGACAAUUGAGGGUGAUAAACUUCCCAAGGCCUACACCUUCACUGCUGACACUGCUGAGCAGAAAGAGACAUGGAUAAAAAAGAUGAUGAAUUUGGAUCCGUCCCACACUGCACAGCUCGGGACGGCAGAGCACAGCAGCGAAGAAGAAGAAGAGGUCGUCACUGUCUACACUGGGGAGCGGCGCAAAGUGUCGCUGGACGACUUCGAGCUCAAGGCAACAAUUGGGAGGGGUUCAUUCAGUCAAGUCUUUUUGGCACGUGAAAAGAGCACAGAUGAGGUCUAUGCUAUAAAGGAGAUGAAGAAGGAAGUCAUCGAGCGAGAGAACAUGGUGGAGCACAUUUUUGCCGAGAAGUUCAUUCUUCAGAAGAUCAGCCACCCUUUCAUCGUAUCGCUUCACUACGCUUUCCAGACGAGGAACUGUCUCUACCUUGUGCUGGACUUCCUCUCAGGUGGCGAACUGUUCUACCACCUUGGCUCCGUCAGGGUGUUUGACGAGUACCGGGCCAAGUUCUACUGUGGGGAGCUUGCCCUCGCGGUCGCGUACUUACACAGCCACGACAUCAUCUAUCGCGACCUCAAGCCGGAGAACGCCGUGCUGGACAAGGAUGGCCAUGUGUGCCUCACGGACUUUGGACUGGCGAAAAUGGACAUCAGCGAUGCUAGUAACUUCACCUUCUGUGGCACGCCGGAAUACAUAGCGCCCGAGUUCCUUCUUGGCAUGCCGUACGGAAAGGCAGUGGACUGGUGGUCACUGGGCAUUCUGCUGUACGAGAUGCUGGAAGGUAUUCCGCCUUUCUACUGCGAUAAUGUUAACGCCAUGUACGACCAGAUCCUAAGCGCGGAGUUGAAGUUCGGCAAUGGAGGCGGCGGUGAUGAUGAUAUGCCAGCGAUAUCAGAGGAGGCUCAGGACCUUCUUCGUCGACUCCUAGACCGUGAUCCCGAAAAGCGUCUGCAGGAUUUGGAAGAGUUCAAGAAACACCCAUUCUUUCACGACAUUGACUGGGAUAAACUGUAUCGGCGAGAGAUUGAGCCACCGUUCCGGCCUAACAGCAACGCGCUACGCAAUUUCGACCAGGAGUUCACGUCACUGGAACCACGUGUGACUCAUCAGGAUGAAGACGGCGGAGAGCACACCAAUGUUGCCGGUUUCACCUUUGACGGGAAUGUGGGAUCAGCGUAG